AUGGCGGUGUAUUACCCAAAGUACACGGGUGGUGGAGCGAGGAGUCGGGCCCCGGUGGAGAUGGUGUACGCGUUGCUGUACACCCCCGCGCGUGGGGUUGGGUUGGAUGGGUAUCGGCCGAGGGGGCAGCCGAUUGGGGAGGUCGUGCAGGGCGUGUUGGCGGCGAUGGGGUAUGCUACGAGUUUUCUUCAGCCGUAG